UGUCAAGUUUAUUUCAGGAGUUACUUCAAGCCAUAAUAUUGUGUGAAGUUGACGCAUUUUUGUUUUGAAAAUCAACCUCCACUUACGAAGAAUCAAGUUUUAAACACAAUGUCACGCUCAAAGGUUUAUACCAUACCUCAUGUGAAGGAAGAUCUUGUAAUUAAACAGGAAGUCGAUAAUAGUAAAGAGUUUGAUUUACUUUUACACGAAACCUCACCAACAUCUGAGACUCCAGAAGAAAUAGACAUUAAACCAGAAGAAAAACCCCAAGAUACUUCUCUUCUUGAGGAAUCUCUUCCUGAAGAACCUCAAGUAUCCUUGCCUAGCAAAAAAAGACAUGAUUUUGCGUGCAAAAAAUGCCCUAAAACUUAUCGAAGUAAAAAACGAUACCACGCUCAUAUCGAAGGUGUUCACAAUAUAACAACUUCACAUUUGGUACCUGACAAGCACGAUCCUAAUUGUUAUUGUAAGUCUUGCGACAGAACUUAUCACAACCAGAGAACUUUUCAAACCCACCUUAAGUAUAGCCACAAUAUAUUGAUGACUGAUUUAGAACCCGAUAAGGAUGAUCCGUUGAAUUUUUGCAGGGCUUGUGAACUAAUGUAUGAAACUCGGGGAAAAUAUGUUAAUCAUUUGUUUGGAAUGCAUAAAAUACGAGUUAAGGAACCAGCGGUUAAUCCUCAUUUGACGCCGAAUGAACAUGAUCCCAAUAACUAUUGCAAUGUUUGUGACAGAACUUACGCAACGAAAAACACAUUUCGUAUUCAUAUACGCGAGGCACAUAAUGUUAAAACCACACCACUUAGUUGCAAUCGCAUAGGUAUCGUUAAUCCUGACCUGGUACCUGAUCAGUUUGAUCCGAACUUUUAUUGUCGCUCCUGUGAAAAAAAGUAUGCUGAUAAGACAGUUUUUUACAAUCACAUAAGGACUGUCCAUGAAAUGAAAAUUGUUCCACCACUAUCUACUAAACCUAAAACUGAACCACCACCAAAUCCAAAUGAUCCCAACUUUUACUGUUGUACUUGUGAUAGGAGCUAUCACAACAGAAACAAUUUUGGCAAUCACAUGAGGAAAGUUCACAAACUGAAAUCAACCGCCAAAAGAGUAUUCGGAGUGUACUGUAAACCAUUAGCUAACAAAGACUAAUCAAGUUUUGGGAAAGCAUUUUUUGAAUAAAGAAUUUGUUUGAAUUUAAAG